AUGUCUAAUAAUACUAUCGGCCAGAUGCUGAAAGAUCCUGCGGCAGGCUUGCCUCCGACACUUUUGCCGCAUGUGCACCUAUUGUCGAAACAUCGCUAUCCUAUAACCACGAACCCUUCCUUGGAAACGAUCGUUGGCUACCUACUCGAAGCACCGAAGAUUGUCCGCGAGCUUCAACCCAUGCAAUGGCAGUUCAUAGAUACACCUCAGGACGGCACACUUCUGCUCGCAUGGCAACCAAUUGACUAUCUCCAAACAAAUUUCUCCAGCGAUGGUUAUGUCUGGGCCGAUGUGGAGGCUUCUUUCAAAUCGGAAGUUAGAGGUUAUACACUCGAAAUGUUCCUCCAGCGAUCAGGAUACCGCGCCCAGGGUGAGGCAAUUGCAUCGCAUAGCAGGAGAAGAUAUCGUCUACUUCCUGGCAACCCCAGUAUGGGACAGCAACCACCGGACCCAAGCCUAUGGCUGAUACACUACUCAAAGGCCUCUACGCGUGAUCACAUUCCUGCUGCAUCUAUUCCAAUCCCUCCGCAUGUCCAAGCAUCGAUGGCGCAGCGACGCUUGAUUCAGUCUCAAGGACAACUUCCGCGCAAAGAUUUUCUGUUGCACGACCGACACAAUUGGCCUAUCAUUCAUCUGCCGCAAGGGAUGGCACGAGCACCGCCAUUACCUGGUCAGAUCCCACAACAAGCUCCGGGCCAUAGAAGAGGACCAAGCGUCUCUCAAGAUACCACCUUGGAGGACGAGGAGGAUGUAUCUCGUGGUGACAUACUUGAUUUCAUGACCCCAAGAGACAUCAGUCGCAUGCGUUAUGAGCAGCACCACGAGUGGAUGGAAGAAGUGAUUGAGUCUCCAUAUCCGAUCAGUUCCAUUGUUCCGAGUGACUUGGGCCUUGGCAGAAAAGGACGUUUGGAGGAGUUAACUAAGGACUUCUUUGAUGCACCGGUAUCGAUUCUUCGAGAUUCUGCUGAUGGACCGCCCUCACGCGUGGGUAGGCUCGUGCCAGGUGAAUUCGACAAAUUCCAAAAGCGAGCUGAUGAAAAGCUAGCCCAACUCCAGGCUGAACUUGAUAAGAUGAAGGAGAUUCACCAGAAACGAAUGGGUAAGGCUGGACGAUACAAAGUUUUGCAUGAUGCCGAAAAGAAGCUUCGCACGGCCCCGAACGUGACUGAUAGACGUCGGUCGUCCACGGCCAUGGUUGUUGAUGAUGGUGGUGAGACCCACAAGGAUGCCAUUGACGAGAUCGCCUCUGAUGUGGAAUCGGCUUUGCAUAAGAAGAUUGAACGAACCUCUGUUGUAACUUUAGUGCAAAGAGGAGGCUUAGAAGAUCGAAUCGCCAGCACCCCGUCGGCGAUUGGACCAGGAGCUGUUCUUGCCACGUCGCCGGAGAAGGCGCCAACCCCUGCUGCAUUAGCAAACACCGCUACAGCCGCAGAGCCAGAUGCACAGAAAACAGAGCCAAUGGCAGAUGACGAGAAAAAACAGAAGCCUCAGGCAGUAGCUCCACCUGAGACGAUCGAGCAGAAGACAACGUCUACGGCCAGUUCAGACGAGCAACCCACACCUUCUGUGCCUCAAGCUGAUCCUUCUACCGACUCCAACCAACAAUCCCACGCAGGCGAAGCUCAAGAGGAGCAGGGCUUGCGGCUCGACGACAUGGGUAUGGAUGUCAAUAUGGAUGACCUGGAUGAUGGAAAUGGCCCUGGCGAUAAUACGAAUGGGGACGGUAACGAAUGGGUCAUGAUUAAUGAGGAUGGCGGACAUCAUGCUGAGGAUCUAAAUCUUGCAGACAUACCCGGCGAUGAGCAGCCGCAGAGCGAUCAGGUCAACAUGCAACAGAACACCGAGGGAAAUGACUCAUCGGUAACCGCUGGUCAACCAGUUCCACAACAGCCCAAUCAUGCGACCCCGCUAGAUACCCCAGACUUUGGUAUGGAAGAAGAGUUUGACAAUGUGGAUGUCGAUACAGCUGGAGAUGCUCUUGCAAGCUAUGGAAACGACGAGGAUGAGCUGAACCUCGAUGGUAUGGAAGACUCGGCGUUUGGUGAUGCAUUUCACCCGCAGGAAGAUGAGGAUAUCUCUUAG